AUGGAGCAAGGAGAUGCAACAAAUACGCGGACCUGGAAUUACUUUGAUGUGAUUGAGGAGCCACAUGCCUCGCAUUUUCAAUUCCUUUUUAGUCCGAUUCAGAGGGUAUGUGCCCAUGACCAGGAAGACGAGGUGGCAGCUUUCAUGCAAAGGAGUGUUCGGCAGGCUAUGGUCGACAGCACUCUGAAGACAUACAUUCGGCAGUUUACCUCGAGCAGGCUGGAGGUGACAUUUUGGCUGCAUUCUCAGGGUUUCGAUGAGGUGCAGCCGCACCCUUCGAGAUGUGACUUGCAACUUCAAGCGGAUGUAGAUUCUUCUGCUCAAGAAUGUUGGGUUUUAGGAGGUUUGCCAGCUCUGAGUAGGGUUACACCAGUCGACCCGGCUCCAGUGCUCUUGGUCUUGCCAAGACCGCAUGUCAUUGUUUCGUCGACAUUCGAUCCUUUUGAGAUCCCAGUACUGUGCAAGCUGAUCCAAGAUGGAAGGAUGAAUCUCGUGUCAACCUUGAUUAAUGGGCGAUAUCCGCCUAUCGGUGUGUCAGCUAUCUUCGAGUUGACUUUGCCAGCAAAUCUUUGUCAGGUUGAUUCUGAGUGCUAUGUCCUUUAUGGGGCUGAACGCUUCGAGUAUUGGCAUGACAUCCCCUUGCAACCUGGCGCCUUUAUAUGUUUGUAUGAGUGGAGGCAACAGCAGUCCGAAGACGGGAGUACUGAAUGCUCUAGCUGCUCUUCGGAUUUUGACACUCAUACCUGGAUCGAUGGAUUUGACGACGAGGGUGGCGACCCUGGCGAAAGGGCUGUGUUAGAACAUGUGGGAGAUAACACUGCAACUCCGAGUGACACUGGGUCGCCCAUUGUUGUCAAUCGAAACGUGGCGAGCCGACGAGAGGGAGCGAACACUGCAACUCCCCUCACUGGCGAAGAAGAGCCUGAUGAUGCAUUUGUGGCCAUACAGUCAUGUGUUGUCCACCGAUGUUCACACACCUUGGAACGGUUGAAGGAGAAUACUCAGCAUCAGUCCGAGGAAUUUGAUGAACAGAGCCUCUUUCAAAUGUAUAUACAUGGGCGAACUUUGGCUCUUGGACAGGGGCAGGAGCCUGUCUUAUAUCCAGAGACCUUUCGGCAAGAGGUUCAAAGAAGAUUGCUAUGGGACUUGCAUGUGCGCAGGAUUGCAAGGCUCACAAGUUUCUACCAAUACGACUAUAUGGCAGCUGAAGCAGCGGCCUUCAGAACGGCCCGUGGGCAGUGGCCAGAUGUGGUGAUGUGCGGGCUUAUCCGAGAAGUGGUCUCUUUCUGGGACAUGGCCUUUGAUGAGCAUUUUGAAUAUAGUCUCGCAGAAUUGCAAGCGGUCCUUCGUGGUUUCAUUGAGCCACCUCUACUGCGCACUGAAAAAGUUGUCAUGGCGGCAGUCAAGCCGCUCCCCACUGUUGAUGAGCAACAAGGAGAAGACAAUCUCUAUGUGCUGAUUGGGGUUGAUCUUGAUUGGCACGAAGAGUCGUUGGUAUUGGUGGCCAUAUGGGACUUUCGAGGAGAAGUUGCAAUCGACUUGCACCCCUUAGUCGUGCCGCCCCGCAUGGAAUCCCAUGUUCUCUUAGAGAUCCUGGGUUUGGCAGCAAGGUGUGAACAAGCUUUCAUCCGUUGCACAGUAACCUACCAAGCGCACGAGCUCCCUCGACUGAUGGCUUGGAGGACUUUCCAUGGGAUGAAGCUGGUGGUUGAAGUUCAUAUUGAAGCGCUGAAUCAGGUAUGCGAGGAUGAAGAGAUGAGGUCAAUUGCAGCGGUGCAAUUGCUGCAAUUUCGGACCACAUUUCGCCGAAGAAGUCAAGAUGCUGCAGAGACUUUGAGACUUGCGGACGUCAUUGAUACGAAGCCUGUAGACAAUCAGCCAGCAUUGAUGCCGCUUCCUGACUUUGCGCGAUUGAUCAGCCAGAUCGAGGCAGUGCGGGGCCGAGAGACAAAGCCAAUUUCGAGAUGGAUCACUUAUUUGCCUGCUGCAGCAUUUGCCGAAUUUGUUGAGUUGACCUUUGGUGAAUGUAAACAUGCCUCCAGGCUAGACAUCUUCACGGACGGCUCAUUCCAACCUCAUAUAUCGUCAACAGCGGGCUGGUCUUAUGUUGUACUGGCGCGACAUGGGGACUCCUCCAUGUGUGUGGCUUGUGGUUGGGGGCAAGUGGUGAUUGAUCCAGUCGAGAAUGGAUGGGCUGGAAGUAAAUGCCAAUCUGCAAGGGCAGGAGAAGCCAAUGCGCUGAUCAGAGCUCUGGAAUGGUCCUUGGCUGUUGCUCAAGACAUCGAUGUGACAUUCUGUUUUGAUGCAACGCAUGUGGGCUUUGGGGCAUCCGGAGACUGGGGUUUUGAUCGAAAAGACAAGGACAUGCUGGCUAUGCGAUGUCUCAGUCAAGCUUUUGCUUUGAGGCAGGCUUCAAGAGGCAAUGCAGUGUUGUGGAAGCACACAAAGGCCCACCAGGGCUGUUUGGGAAAUGAGAUGGCUGAUGUUCUGGCCAAGAUGGCGGUGAGCGAUCUCCAGACGGAUGAACUUUUAUGGCCUGACUAUUUCCCUUUUUUGGCGGGCGAGCGUAUUGCGCUUGAACAACUGUGGUUGCAUAUUGCCACUUGUGCAUUUGACCAUAGACUGCCUUUGAGCUUCUCUGCAGGCCUGGAUGUUAGCUGUAACCAUCAAAACAGGGCAAAUGGUGAUCGAUUGCCUAAUCGUUUACUGUCAGCAGAUCCGGUAUGCCAGUGUAUCCGAAAGUUGAAAUUGUGA